UGCUGACUUCACUGAGCUACAGGUCCAGUAGUUGAACCAGUUCAAUUGGUAGAAUGAGCUUGGCAUUUCGAUCAUAUGAUCUGAAGCUUUGUACCUGGUUAACUAAGUGAUUCGUACUUUGGAGUGAACAAUCUCCAUCAAAAAGCACAUUUAUGGACAAAGCUCUCGCCUCGGUCGUUUUAGGCAUUCUAUUCGCCAACUGUAAAUGCUCAUACAAGCCUACGUGGGAAUCGAUUGAUUCUCGACCUUUACCUGCCUGGUUUGAUCAAGCCAAAUUUGGCAUCUUCGUGCACUGGGGGAUAUUCUCUGUUCCCAGCUACGGAAGUGAAUGGUUUUGGUGGUACUGGCAGGGGCGGAAAUUGAAGCCAUAUGUUGAUUUUAUGGAGCGGAACUAUCCCCCUGGCUUUCAGUACCAAGACUUUGCACCCCAGUUCACAGCAGAGUUCUUCGAUGCAAAACAGUGGGUAGAUAUCUUUGCAGCAUCUGGGGCAAAAUAUAUAGUGCUCACAACAAAGCACCAUGAAGGUUUCACUCUGUGGGGCUCCAAAUAUUCCUGGAACUGGAAUGCAGUAGAUGUAGGGCCGAAGAGGGACCUGGUGGCGGAGGUGGCUGAUGCUUUGCGGUCACAAAGUGACCUCCGUUUGGGACUUUACCACUCCCUCUUUGAGUGGUUCAAUCCCCUCUUUGUGCAGGAUGCCGCAAACGUGUUCACCACCAACCAAUUCCCCACUACUAAGACCUUACCAGAGCUAUAUGAGAUUGUCACAAAGUACCAUCCAGAGGUAUUGUGGUCUGAUGGAGAUGGAAAUGGCCCAGACAAAUACUGGAAUAGCACUGGAUUCUUGGCCUGGCUUUACAAUGAGAGCCCUGUGCGGGAGACAGUCGUGACAAAUGACCGCUGGGGGUAUGGUACCAUCUGCAAACAUGGAGGGUACUACACCUGCACUGACCGCUACAACCCUGGACACCUACUGAAACACAAGUGGGAAAACUGUAUGACCAUCGACCAGAAGUCCUGGGGUUACAGAAGGGAUGCUGAGCUUAAGGACUACCUGACCAUAGAGGAGCUGCUAAAGACCCUGGUAGAGACUGUGUCCUGUGGUGGGAACCUCCUGAUGAAUGUUGGGCCCACUCACGAUGGACGCAUUGCCCCCAUAUUUGAGGAGCGCCUUCGGCAGGUGGGCCAGUGGCUGGCAGUCAACGGGGAGGCCAUUUACAACAGCAGCGCAUGGAGGGCCCAAAAUGACAGCACCUCGCCUGGAGUCUGGUAUACUUGGAGACCAAAGGAAGGUGCAAUCUAUGCAGUCUUCCUGCAGUGGCCUGACAGUGGAUAUGUAACUCUGAAUGAACCUAUUGUCCUGGAAGGAAAGACUGAGGUGGUGCUCCUCGGAUAUCAGGAGCGUCUGAAGUGGCAGCCCUUGAAACCCAUAGGAUUGAAGGUGUUGCUGCCGCAGCUUCCUUAUGGUCAAAUGCCCUGCGCUUGGGCCUGGACCCUCCGACUGACUGCAGCAGCAUAGUGUGGGACCAUCACCUUUAGUUAUUUUUUUUCACAUUUUAAAUUUACACAGAUUUCUUUUGUCAUUCAGGGAAAUUUGCUAGAAAUCAUAUGAUGUGAUAUGUGAUUCAUCAUAAAUCGUGUAAUUGCAAACCAGGCAGCUCUGUGUUUUUUUUUUGUUUUUUUUUUCUUAUUUGAUUAAUUGUACUGCAUUCAUACUAAGACAAAAAGAGAAAUGAAAUCCAUACCAUAUACAGUACUGUGCAGAAGUCUUAGGCACCCGAGACUUCAUUAUAUAUAUGUAUGUUUAUUUUUUUGUAUGUGUUAUAAAAGAACACAUUUGAGAUUUCCAAAUAUUAUUUUCCAAAAGAGACAUUUUUGUAUUUAAUUUACAAAAGAAACAAGGAGCCAACCAAAGUCUGCAGAACUGUGGCAAGUUCUCUGACAACCUCCCUGCUGAUUGUCUUAUAGAACUGCAGGAGGGCAUUGGCUAUCUUAGAGAAGUGAUGCAGUUUUAUCGCAGAAGGGUGGUCACAAAAAAUAUUGAUUUGACUCAGUUUUUAACUAUUCUGCCAAAUUGCUAAAAUGUAAUGUAAAAUGUAUAUUACAUUUAUGUAGGACCUUUCAUUGUAUUAUUUUUGAAAGAAUCUUAUCUGUACAGAAUGUCAUACAGGUGCCUAAGACUCUUGCACAGUACUGUAUGUGUCGUGAGAUAUGUUAUGAAGAACUAAAUUCAGAUGUAUUUUUCCAAGUUCUAGAGAAUAAGAGCCAGCUGCCUCAGAAUUAAUGUGGUUAUGGUGGAGGUACCAAAUAUCAUGAAACUUAAAUACGUUCUAUGCGUUAUAUCUGUACACCAUUCACUUAUGUUUGAAUUAUUUCAUGAUGGAAGCAAAUACUUGAAAUAUGCAGUAUAGCACUUGUGAUAGCACUGAUCAAUACAUGAAGACAACUUUGAAUACCCUUUUCUGAAUUUUAGAAAAUACCAUACCUGGACAUUUUGAAUGUGAAUGUGACCUUUGUGGAGGAUAUGAGGAAUAUAAUGUGUUAUAAGUACAACCACACGCCACUUUAUAUGGAUUGUUACUAUUUUAUAAUACUAUUGUUUCUUUAACCAAUUAUGAACUAUUCUAUUUCUGGAAUAAAGGUGAAUAAAGUCUGUGGGUCAAUA